UUAUGUUUAGUCCUGAUGCUGUUAUUCAGGCACUCUGGACACACUCAAGUGAUAGCAAAACCUGUAGUGAAGGUGAUGCCAGAUCAGCGUGUGUUCAGAGGAGAGACAGUCACUCUCACAUGUGACAUACAGGGAGGAGGAAGAGACACUCAGUGGACAUACAGCUGGUUUAAAGAUGGUUUAUUAAUCCCAAACAGCACUGAGAGAGUCUACAACAUCGCAUCCAAUGUGUCUGUUAGUGGUAAUUACAGCUGUGAAGCAAAGAGAUCAGAAUUCAGUGCUGCCAUUUCCCUGCAUGUAUCAGAUUUACCCACAUCUAAACUGACUGUGACACCAGACAAUCCUGUAUUCACUGGAGAGACAGUCAAUCUGAUGUGUGGGAUAGAGACUUACACAAACUGGACCUGGAGAAAUUACCAGAUAGAUGGCUGGAGAGACUGGACAGCUGAAUGGAGAUAUGAGUGGUAUAAAGGCAGCAGAUACAGUGUAAUGUUAAACACAUCUGAGCAUUACACUGUAAACAGAGACACUCUCACUAUCAGAGGAGCUAAUGAGUCUGAUCAGGAUCAGUACUGGUGUAGAGGACAGAGAGAUGGAAGACCAAACUCAUCACAAUCAAGCUCUGCUAUUUAUCUCUCUGUGAAGGAUUCACCCACAUCUACGCUGACUGUGUCACCAGACAGGCAUGUUUACAAUGGAGAGACAGUCAAUCUGAUGUGUGAGAUAGAGACUUACAAUAACUGGAGAUGGAGAAAUUACCAGACGUAUGCUUGGGGACAUGACUGGACAUAUGAUUGGGGACAUGACUGGACAUAUGAUUGGGGACAUGACUGGACACAUGAGUGGAGAUAUGAGUGGUAUAAAGGCAGCAGAUACAGUGUAAUGAUACAGAUGUCUGAGCAUUACACUGUAAACGGAGACACUCUCACUAUCAGAGGAGCUACUGAGUCUGAUCAGGAUCUGUACUGGUGUAGAGGACAAAGAGAUGGAAGACCAAACUCAUCACAAUCAAGCUCUGCUCUUUAUCUUUCAGUGAAGGAUUCAUCCACAUCUUCAGUGACUGUGACACCAGGUUCCACUGCAUUCACUGGAGAGUCAGCCAAUCUGCCAUAUUCAUCCACAUCUUCAGUGACUGUGACACCAGGUUCCACUGCAUUCACUGGAGAGUCAGCCAGUCAGACAUAUAACCCGCAGCCAAUUCUGACUGUUCGUCCCCAGAGUUCAGUGUUCACUGGAGACACAGUUACUCUCAGCUGUGACAUGGGACAGUCAACUGGAUGGACAUUUCUCUGGAGGAAAGACUCAAACCCUGAAUCCACUGAUGAAGCAACUAAAACGAUAAGUUCUGUGAGAGUCUCUGAUGGAGGAACAUACCAGUGCAGAGCAGAGAGAGGAAAAUACUACACAGAGCUCAGUGAUACAAUUAAGAUAACAGUGAGAGAGAGACCCAAACCUGUAGUGCGUGUUCAGCCUGAUGGACGUGUGUUUAGAGGAGAGACGGUCACUUUCACAUGUGACAUACAGGAGACAGGAGUCUGGCAGUACAGCUGGUAUAAAAAUCAAGAUUACAGCAGAGGACAAGACCAGAUCUAUUACAGCAGAGGACAAGACCAGAACUAUAAAAUCACAAAUGUGGAUUGGUCUCAUGCUGGUGUGUACAGCUGUAGAGGAACCCAGACUAAAGCCCCACAGUACUCACAGUUCAGUGACGGAGUUACACUGACAGUAUCAGAUUUACCCACACCUACACUGACUGUGACUCCAGACAGAUCUGUAUUCACUGGAGAGAGAGUCAGUCUGAAGUGUGUGAUAAACUCUGAUCACAGUGACUGGAGAUAUGAGUGGAAUAAAGACUACAGUGUGUUAUGGACGUCUGAGCGUUACACUGUAAACAGAGACACUCUCAGUAUUGUUGAAGCUGUUAAGUCUGAUGAGGGUCAGUACACAUGUAAAGGUCACAUAGAUGGAAGAUCAGUUUCAUCUAAACCAAGAUCUGUUUCUCUCUCUGUGAAGGGUCUAAAACCAAAGCCUGAACUCACAUCAGAUCUUGCAGGAGCUGCACUGACAGGAAACACAGUGACUUUGACCUGUCGCAUGGAUCCGUCCACUGGAUACUGGGACUUUUACUGGUACAAACACACACUGAACCCUGAGACAGAGAAGACAGAAACAAACUCCUACAGACUGAAGAUUGAUUCAGUGUCUGAUGGAGGCCAUUACUGGUGUAGAGCUGGAAGAGGGAAACCAGUCUAUUACACAAACUACAGUGAUGCACUGUGGGUCAAUGUUACAGAGAGUCCUAAAGCUGUGCUGACGGUACGACCUGAUGAACGAGUGUUCAGAGGAGAAACAGUCACUCUCAGAUGUGAUAUAAAGUGGGAAGGAGACACUGAGUGGACAUACAGAUGGGAAAGAAAGGGAACCAACAACCAAUAUACAAACACUGUCAACCAAACCUCAACACAAGAGUUGAAUAUCAGCAGUGUUGAUCGCUUUCACAGUGGUAAAUACACCUGUACAGGACUGAUAAACACUCAGAUCUCUCAGCGCAGUGAUGCUGUUACACUGACUGUAUCAGCUGAAGCUCGGGCAGCAGUGCGAGUGUCUCCACAGCCGUGGCUGACUGAAGGAGAAUCAGUGACUCUGAUCUGUGAGGCUCCUUCAGGCUCCUCUACAGGCUGGACAUUCAGCUGGUUCAGAGAUCAUGAUCUUCUGUCAGACAGCAGCAGAGGAGCUGGAGGAUCUUACACUCUCAGUCCUGCUGCUCUACAGCACACAGGAGUUUAUACGUGCAGAGCAGAGAGAGGACGACCAGCCUAUUACACACACAACAGCAGCACACAGCCACUGUGGGUCAGUGGUGUUUCUUCUUCAGUGUCUCUGGUCAUCAAUCCCAGCAGAAGUCAACACUUCUCAUCUCACUCUCUCUCUCUGAGCUGUGAGGAUCAGAGUAACUCUGCUGGAUGGACAGUGAGAAGAUACACAGACAAAGACACAAAAACUUGUUCAAAUCAAACAGGAUCUCCAUGUGUAAUCGAGUCUCUCAGCACAUCUGACACUGGAGUGUACUGGUGUCAGUCUGAGUCUGGAGAGAAACGUCAUCCUCGAAACAUCAGUGUACAUAAUGGUGAAGUGAUUCUGGUGAGUUCUGUUGAUCCUGUGAUUGUGGGAGAGACUCUGACUCUACACUGUUUACAUCGAUUAAACUCUCCGAUCUUCCGUGCUGAUUUCUAUAAAGACGGAUCACUGGUCCAGAAUCAGACGACAGGAGAGAUGAACAUCACUACUGUCUCGAAGUCACAUGAGGGUUUCUACUACUGUAAAACAGAGAGAGGACAGUCACUCCACAGCUGGAUCUCAGUCAGAGUGUCACGUUCAGGUCAGAUUUCUGUCUUCAAAAUCCUCAGUUUUCUUCUGGCAGCAUGUCCGUAUCUGGUAGCGACAGUUGUGCUGCUUUACAAAUGUUACAGAGCGAAAGUUCCAUCUGCUGAAGACCAAAGUCAGUAUGCCGUAACAGAGGAAGGAAGGAACUUCAAUCUGAUAUUAACGGUUUAAAAGAUUCAGAAUAUUCAUUUGACAUACUUUUAUUUCUGUCAGCAUAUUUGAUUUUCCUUAUAUCAUUUGUCAUUAAGCUUGAGAAAUAUUUUAGUGUCUGCUUUUAUUUGGUACAUGUUAUUGUUAUUAUUUAGAUCUGUCAUAACCUUAAAAGAACAAGCUUCAAUGAUUUAAUCAUGUCUUUGUGAUGUUUGUUCUUCCAAUAAUGAAGGCUUGACAAUGAUUCUUUUCUUCAGUUUUAUUGAUUUUGGUUACCAGUUGCCCGUUCCAUUUUGCUUGAGUAAUUUGUAAACAUACAGACCAAAGUUUUGUUCUGUAUCAAAUGUUCUGUGUAAAUAAAUUGAAAUUAAUGUGUAUAUGCCA